AAGGAGGAGGAGGACAUAUUUGAUGAUGAUAAUGAUUUGAUAAAAGAAUUGUAUAACAAUAUAGAGAUGCUCAAUUUUAAAAACACAAUAAAUUUAGAAAAAUAUAUUAAUUAUUUAGAGGAAAGAUAUAUAACAGAAAUACUAAAUAACCAAAAAAUUGUAAAUCAAGUCACAUACCCGGAAUCUGAAAUAGCUAAAAGUAAUGAGGAAGAUGAUAGUAUAGAAUUACCCCAAGUUAUUCACAAUAAAGCAUUAGAUGCUACACAUUUACUAGAGUUGUAUCUUUUGCAACAAGACUUUAGUGAGCUAGCUCAGGCAAAACAUAAUUCGGCUUUAUUGAAACUGUCUGGGCUA